AUGGAACCACCGGCGAAGCGUAUGCGCAUACUCCAAUCAGUCGAAGUCGACGAAGAGAACCUCGACUACCUCAAGGAAAAGCAGAAAAACCAGCAAAAGCUUAAAAGCCGAUUUGAGUCUAUAUUCGAGAAAUUCGGCAACAUGAACGAGUCCCAGAGCGACGAGAUUGAUAUGAAAACAAAUAGGGUGGUGGUGGAUAGAGGGCAUCUGCGAAGAAUAAAGCGUCAGGUUAAUGGGAAAGAGAAAACAUUGCUGGACACGAUCGUAUUAUCAGCAGCGAGAAAUCCAAAGGGCGAAGAAGGAGAAGCGAGCGAAGAAGACUCGGAAGACGAAUUGGCACCCCCACAGCCGGUGAAGUCGAGGACUACUGUGCCGUCUGAAGACUUGGGCAACCCACGAAUCGAAGCCACAGAGAUCAACACGCAACAACCUACGUCGCAUCAGUCAGAUUUUCCCGCACAGCCCAUACCGCAACUCGGCGUUCCGCAAAUACCCAACACACCGAACCCCGCCGCAGACCUCCUACGAAAUGUUCAGUUACCACAAACACCCGCAGGACAUGAGGCGCAAAGCGCUGCUUUCUACGCAAAUUUACUGCAGACAAUCAAUCAAGCUGUGCACCAUUUCACAGCCGGCCUGAACACACCCAACGCCCCGACAUCGUUCCCAAACGCUGCUCCCACACCAAUCACUCCGAUAACAACAAAUGACAAGGUCGCACCUGCCACGGACCCAAAAUGGUUUUUCCCACCUCUGUCCGCAAAACCGCGUCAAUGCCCGAUUGCUCAGUCAAGUCCCCUUCCAAGCCAUACAGUGGCAUCGGCGACGGAAGAGGGAGGCCAACAGCACAAAGACACGAUAUUAAUAGAGGUGGCUGAAGAAAGUCCGAUGACGACACUAUAUACAAGGCCAGGCGAAAGUUCACCAACGAGACCCCGCCGGAGCAGUCCACGUGUCGAAAUCCAGAGGCGUAUUCCCCGUCUUGCGAGGAUGUAUCACUUCACUCAUGAAGACGACGUGUACAUAAGCAAGCGCAAGAGAACAGACGGUGUUUCGUGGUCGGCCAUAAAGGAUGGCAGAGAGAAGUGGAAGAUGUGGCCAAUGAGCGCACUCCACAACCGUUGGGUCAAGAUCAAGGAUCAAAAUCUACAUCUACAAGAGCCACUUGUAGCUCCCACAAGUGGUCGUGUCAACGCGAGCGAUUUUGUCUCGACGGAAGAAGUUGAUGCCGUUUCAAACCCACUGCACCAUCUGCCAACCCCGAGUUCUUCUGAACACGAAGAGUGCCAUCAGGGUCCCGUGCAGUUGACAGAAGAAAGUGGCCAGAACACGUUGUCAUCGAGCGCGCAUUACGAUGACGAUGACCGCGAUCUGUUGUCUCUCGCUGGAUCUGAUCCUGGUGAGGAUCAACCUUCAGCCGGCGAUGAUGACACAGUCGAAGUUGCAUCGCAAGAUGUGAUACUACCAUCUAUCGAGACGAGAGACUUGGUCAAUCAAGACACCAUACUAGAAGACUUGCCUGCAACUCCGCAAACGGAAGACUUUAUCCUAACACCCACCCGAGCAUCGUCAAUCGCAAUAAAAUCCGAACCGACCUUCUCAUCGCCAACUGCACUUCUCAAACGAAAGCAAUCCCCACCCACCGCCGAAGUAAUACCCAACUCACAACAGAACGAAGACGACAUACAAAACGACUUCAGCAAUAUCAUCGUCGCACCAUACGAACCCGCCGAAUCCGCCACUCACUACGGAUACCAACAACAAAGCACGCACGCCACUGCCCACCGUAGAAGCCCAUCUCUCUCCCUCAUCGACACAUCCGCCGACGACGAACUCCUUCCCUUCCCCUCCUCAGCAACCUACCCGACAACCCCGUCCCUCAAACGCGCACGCGUCAGCGAAAGCGAAACAAAUACACCACCAUCAAUCUUUCUCUCCGCCACUAGGUCGUAUCAAACACCAAAAGCGCGUGACAUGGAUGGUAGUAGUGAAACGGGCACUAUCAAGUCUACAUCGAAGACUGGUCGGAAAGCAUUCUUGAAGAGGGUCAAAAGGGAGUGGACGAGGAGGGCGACGCCUGCGAAGGAGAAGGAGAGCGUGGGGAAGAGCGGGGGGAAGAGGAUGAGUUUGGGUGGGGGACUAGGGGGUUUGGAACCGGGCAAAGAGGAGAGGAAACGAAAAUGGGUGGAUGACGAUGAUAGUGAAGAUGAACUUACUAUACGUUAG